AAGAAUUACUUUAUGUCAAGAUCUUAAGACUUCUAAACAACAGAUAGAAAAAUUAAAUAGGAUUAUAUCUACUUUAGAAGCAAUAAAGGUUCAGCUCUUGGAUGACAUAAAAGAAUUAACAAAAAAGAUUGAAAGGCUGAAUAACAGUCUCUGUGAUCAUGAAGAUAAAGCAACUCAGAUGCAAGUAAAAAUUGCUGAAUUAACAAGUAAACUUAAUCAACAAACUGAAAUAACUAGUGCUGCAGUUUUUGACAGAAAAAUGUUUUGCCAAAAAUACAAAGAUGUAGAGGAGAGCCGAGAUCAGAUGAAACAAAAAAUCAAUAUCCUUGAUAAUUGUGUCAAUGAACUAAAAGAAUCUCUGUAUUCUAAAAGUGAAGAAGUUAUUAAUUGGAAAAAUAAAUGGGAAUCACUGAAUUUUCAAAAUAAGAAAUUAGUUUCAAAAACUGCAAAAGAAGUGUCAGAGCACAAAGACAUGGAAAUGCAAUUCAAGCACGAAGAAUAUCAAAAUGGUUUGCGUUUACAGCUCAUAGCUGCAAAAGAAAAGGAAAUAGAAACACUGCAGAGAAAGCUAAUUUAUAAAACAGAAGAAUGUCUUACACUGCGCUCACAAAUGCAGAGUCAAAGAGCAAAAAUUUCUGAUCUUGAAGAAAAAAUACACUUAUCAGAGAAAGUAAUUCAGAGAGAAAAGGAGGCCUAUUUAAAUCUUGAGAAUUCUACAAAACUGUUACAUUUAGAAAUACUUCGACUGACUGGAGAGAAGAAUUCAUUAACAUGCAAAAUAAAUGACUUAGAAAAACUAAGGGAAAGUUUCACAUAUGCGAAACAAGAGCUCAACAAAGAAAGGUUUAAAAACUCUGCAUUAGAAAGAACAAUACAAAGGCCAACAAAUGUUCAUCGUUGGAGGUUGCUCAAAGGAACUGAUCCUGAGAAAUAUGAAAUUCUGGAAAAAUAUCAAACACUACAGAAACAUCUUUUGAAAAAGUCUAAGGAAGUUCAAAGUAAAAACAACAAAAUUUCUGAUAUGUCUAAAUUAAUUAAUCACAUGAAAAAUCUAACUGCACAGCAAAAAGAAUUUCAAAAAAAAUAUUCUACAGGCAUAAAACAAAAAAAGUUAUCAAGUGAAAAAACUGAGAAGCUAAAGGUAUUGUCCUUUGAGAUUAACAUGUAUGAAACAUACAUGGCUAGUUAUCAAGCAGAAAUUUCUAAUUUGAAAGAUAUGGUUAAGAAACUAAAAACAAAUGAAUAUUUUAAAAAGAAAAAAAAAUUACUCCCAUGA